GCCGUUACUGGACAGCGCGGCAGGACGAUGGCGUCUGGCUUUAAAAAGCCAAACACGGCCUCCACCAGCCAGAAGAGAAAGGCGGGUCCUAAGCCUGAACUCACGGAGGAGCAGAAGCAAGAGGUCCGGGAAGCGUUUGACCUCUUCGACUCGGACGGCAGCGGGACCAUCGACGUGAAGGAACUGAAGGUGGCCAUGAGGGCGCUGGGCUUCGAACCGCGCAAGGAGGAGUUGAAGAAGAUGAUCUCCGACGUGGACAAGGAGGGCACCGGGAAGAUCAGCUUCAACGACUUCCUGGCCGUGAUGACGCAGAAGAUGGCCGAGAAGGACACCAAAGAAGAAAUCCUGAAGGCGUUCAAGCUCUUCGAUGACGACGAAACCGGGAAGAUCUCGUUCAAGAACCUGAAGCGGGUGGCCAACGAGCUGGGCGAGAACCUCACGGACGAGGAGCUGCAGGAGAUGAUCGACGAGGCGGAUCGGGACGGAGACGGCGAGGUGAACGAGGAGGAGUUCCUUCGGAUCAUGAAGAAGACCAACCUUUAUUAAAGUCAGGAGGUGAAAGAGACUCGCUGGGUUCCCCUGCUUCCUUUUUGGGAAACCUGAACUUAGAGGACAAUGACCAUCUGUC